CACCAUUCUUUUUUUUGACUAUGGUAUUCAUGCAGUGCAUUGCUCACCGAGACUCGCGAGCACCAUGAUUUCUCCCAAGCAUCUCGAGAUCGCGCAUUACCUCUCUCUAACAUGGAUGGAACCGAUCUACCAUCGAGUUCAAAGGUGAUCAUACAAUGUACUGAUCCAGAUAACCUAUAUGAUAGCCUCGAGCCUCGCCUAUCGGCACGAAGUCCCCUUCGCAACCUGCACUGGAAGUCCCCAAACCGCCCGCUACGAUCCAUUCCGAGUCUCAACAUAUCUCUGUUGAGGGAGGACAAGUCCUCGGGCUCCCAAUCCAAUGUACGCAGACAUCAAAUUCCGGGGCUUCGCGAAACACCCUAUGUGAAGUUAUAUCUGCUACGAUGUGAUGACAAGGAGUCGUACAAGGAAAAGGCAAGAAAAGAAGUGCGAUCGUGGGUGAAGUCACAGCAGUCUGUCGGAGAUGGGAAGUCUUCGAGCAAGAGCCAGGAAGGCUAUGAUGCUUUUGAAUGGUUGAUCGUCCAUGUCGUGCUGGCAAAUACUCCUGCGGCCAGUCAGCCCAAAUCAUCCAAGCAUAUCUCGCUGGAAACAGCUGAUAGCACCGACAGCAUCAACAGCAAGUCAAAAUGGUCCGGAAAGGCUUCUUCUACCAUUUUCGACAAACUGCGGGCCGACUUCAGCAGCAGCUCCAAAUCUGCCAUCAAUCGCGUUGCGCAAGUCAGAAUGCUGGAUGCGAGCGACAAAUCCACGCCACUCAGUUCUUCAGAGCUUGAGGAACAAUGGCAAGACCUCGUUGAAAGCAUCAAGGCCUGUAUACUUCGGUCGUUCGAUGCUCGUGUUGCGCAAUACGAAUCAGACAUCCGGGAAAGGGACAGCCAAAGGAAUUUGCCAGGCUGGAACUUUUGCACAUUCUUUGUCCUGAAAGAAGGUUUGGCUAAAGGGUUCGAAAGUGUCGGGUUGUUGGAAGAUGCCUUGGCCGUUUAUGACGAGCUUUCUCUGCGCUUGGAUAGUCUGGUGAAAGAAGAGGCGCAAAGAGGCGAUCAUGACGAUAGCGGUGCGCUUCUCAGAUUCUCCAAAGAGUCGAAAGCUCUUCUGCGCGCAGCACUUGAGUCUGAAAGUCUUCCAGUCGCCGGUGACAAUCUCGAGACGGACUUCGACCUCGCACGGAUUCUGUUCGCCGACCGCGAUGGGUUUCCUUUCGAUCUCGAGAGGAAAAAUUACCAGAACCUGACCCUGACGAAUGACGUGUCAGCCCUGGAUCUACGCACCUACCUGUUUAUUCGUGAGAUGGAGAUAUUGCUCAGGCAAGGACAUGCGGAAUCAUCUAAGACCUUAGGGGAAGCAAAAUCCGGCGCCGACCUUAAUCUUCUUGCGGAUCUGACAGAGCGCGCCAUUGACUUUAUCAAUUUGGCUGCUCGCAGCUUGCGGCUCGAACUCUACAGUGCUUGGGGAGGACAAGAAGGGUUGAGCGAGGGAGAACUGAACACGCAGCGUGCAGUUACCGGCAACAUUGUCUCUAACUUCGAGUGGCUGGCGGUCAUGCAGAUCUUGAGUAAAGUGCUACCAGCCUUAGGCCUCGAUGUCGAGUAUGGUACCGGCUGGCUUUCGCUUGACUCUGUGGAGCUUUCGCGCAUAGUAGAAAAGAAGUCGAACCAGGCUCUCGAAACGCGCAAUCGUGCAAACAGGAUGUCGCUGGCUGUUGAGGCCCGUUCUCCUUCACGCGAACGUUCUCAGGGGCCGCACCACAAGAGGAUCUCUGUCAUUCCCGAGGAAGCCACUGUACGCCAGAUUGUUUUCUCGCGCCCCGGAGCAGAAAGAUUGGCUGUCUGGAUUUCGAGGCUUGCAAUUACGGCCAGGCGUGCCAUGUCGAACCUUGAAGCAGUGCGGCCUUGGGUGGCAGAAAUGAAACAUGCUGCCUUUCGACUCGACGCUGAUAGGAACGGCAGCAUGACGAAUGGAGCAGCACAGGUUGGCCAAGCUGCCGGCAUGAGUGACCAUAAUUCGGCGGAUAAUCACCCUGGGUCGAUGGCUGGUAUAAAGUCAAGUACAUUGCAAGCCGCGGCAUCUUCAAAAUCCGUGUUCUUCGACCUUUUCGCGAUGUUGUCAGUCCUCGCUUAUCGCAUUGUUGCGGAUACCAAGAGCCACUCGACUGCGCAGCAAGUCUUGAUCGACCUGGUUGCAUUGGAAUACGCACAGAACAACUAUGCUCGUGCUGCGCGUUACCUCCACAGCAUUCUCGGACAAUUGCCUCAAUCGACGUAUCGACCUUCAGAUGGUCAUCUGCUUCGGAUAUAUGCGGACUGCCUCAAGCAGCUUGACAAACCAAGUGACUAUGCCCGCUGUCUCAUCGCCUGUCUGCAUUGUGGCUCUCAACGCCGGGUUGGUGGAAAGUCGCUCUCGAUCGAUGCUGCAGAUCGAGUCUAUCUCGAUCAACUUUUCAAGACAGUACCGGCCAUGACCGCAACGACUCUUCCUUUAUCUACGUUGUUCAUGGUUCCCUCUGUCGCCAAGACUAUUACUCAUCCUGAAGGUAAAGAUGGCUUCGCGUUGACCAUCGAUAUCCGGCCUCUGUUUACUAUGACUACGCCGCCAAUCGGUGAAGUCAAAUUGCGGCUAUCGUGCCAGGACGUUGAACCACGCUUCAUCAUUCUCAAAUCACCAGGCGAAGUCACAGUAGAUGCAACUGGGACGAAGCUGUUACUAGAGACCUCGAUCACCUCUCAAGGCUGGUAUAUGCCUGACGAAGUCGAUGUCAGCAUCGGCAAUUUGAGACUUUUUCAUCACUUCCGCUCGGCGCCUCAUGAUGACACCUCACAACUGGAUGAACCAUCAGUCGACCGAUCACUAGUAGGGCCGAUCCUGGUCUAUCCUCGCCACCGAGCCUUGCAAGUCAAACUCAUUCAUGCUCCCACUAUACACCUUGCAGAAACUCGCAAACUUUUGAUGCACAUACAGCCCGGUUACAAUAACGUCGCUCAGUGCAGGUUGCGUUUGAAAACAGCAACAGCCGGUCUGAGGCUGAAUAUCCAUGAUUCGAAAUUAUUUGAUUGUGAAGAGCUCCCUUCGACAUUACGCACAGCCAGGGAGGGAGAUGCUCUGAUGAUGAUUGUUGAUGAUCUGAAAGCUGAUUCACUCAGAUCAAUUGAAAUUCCGUACACGAUGGAGGUCCAGUCCGAGCCAUCAGUCACCAUCCGGAUUGAUGCCAACUACCAGACAGACCAAGGCUCUUUCACUCUUUACGACACAGCCUCCGUCAAUGUGAUUCUUCCAGUCACAGUCAAUGUCCAGGAUGUGUUUAGAAACACUUACAUGUACUCUCGAUUUAGCAUCAGUCCUUCAACCCUAGUGCCUUUGCGCGUUCUCAACUGCCAGUUAGGAGACAAUGAGGCGUAUAGCACUGCUAAGAGCCGCGGGUUAGAACAGCCCGAAGUCAUCUUUCCCAAACAGCCAGCUAACUGGACUAUUCGACUUGUUCCGAUGCACAAAGCCAUUCCGGCUGCCACUCACAGGCUUACUCUCUGUGUCGACUUUCAAUCGAUAGACGACCUCAUUUUGUCCAGUCUUGAGGAGAAUUUCAUGUCAGAACUUCUGAAGACCUCUCACGAAUCUGCUGCAAGGCUUCUGGUGGGACAUCUACUGGACCGUGUUCGAACCUCGUGGACAGAACAAGACCUGGAGAUGGCCGCUCUGACACAAGAGGUUGAGAUUUGGAAUAUGGAUGACAUGGACUGGCCGUCAGUUCUAUGUGCAUUUAGUCACGAUACCAGGUCCGAACUUGAACGCUGGCUGCAGGGCUGGCAUGCCCAAACGAGUCCAGUCAAAUUCUCCAGCGCAAAAGCAACCCCACGGCAAGUCAGGCUUCACGUCGACAUCGCGCCGCAUCCUGUACUUGUUACGGCGUGUUUGGACAUCAAUAACAUUGAGUCGAAGACUCAGACUGCAACAAUGGGACAGCCGAUGUUGGCAGAUCUUGUGAUCUAUCUGGCAAACUCAAAGGAAGCAGAGGUCGAGGCAUUGUUCGAAAUAACUGCCUCUGAGUCGUGGCUGGUUGGUGGAAGACGCAAGGGAACUGUGCGGUUGACCAGUAACCCGACUCGGAUCGCGGUGGUUCUGUUUCCUUUGCACGCGGGACACGCCCUUUUGCCCACAAUUACGGUCAGAUGUCGAAAAAAGGCCAAAGCCAAUGGUGAUGAAGAUGCGUGGGCAGACCUAACAUGCGAUGUCCAUAACCCAUUGCAGGGCCGCAGCAUCCUGAUCGCCCCAGAUCUACAAAGCACGACGGUCGAGGUUAACGGGGACUUACCAAACGACAGCACAGGAAGAUUGGUGUCGGUUCGCAGGCGUGGCGGCAUAGGAUGAGCGUCAGUCUUCUAAGAUCUGGAUAUGUCCUCGUCUAGAGCGGCCAGCGAACUAGAUCUGCAGGCACCAUCGCGUGCUGCAGCGGAUCGCUUCUAGAAGUCUACAGGGGCCCCGCCGGCACGAACCGAGCGUCUUCUGUGAUAACGCCGAAAAGGAAAUGGUCACUAGGCCUGGACAAGGGUUCAAGUGUGACGAAAUGGGGCGGCAAAGGGCCAGUUAGCUCCAAAUUUCGAAUCCCCAACAAAAUCGUUUUCGUGGAGCUCCGAGACCACCUGACAGCUCUACUUGCACGGUACUCCGUAGGCUGAAGCAGACCGCCUUGGACAAGUCAUGACGGUGUGACGGUCUCGCGGCCUUUUUGCCUCCUGAAGAGGCGGACAGGGCUGGGAUUCCUCCAUCUGACUGAGGUUCUGGUACGGCUUCACGACUUGAGAUCUGCGGUAUCAACAUGUGAACGGCCGCUUCACACAAGGAAUGUUGCACAUGUCAUUUCAAGAUCAAGAGUCCGCCGAUGGGCGAUCACACAUCGUUAUUCGCCCAACCUCGAUCCUCGACGAAGGAGAGCAGCAUGUGCUCGAGAUGAUCUCUGUAAGCGGUCAGCCGCAAGAUCAGCUGGGAGUCCAGACGACGAGUCGGCGAUUUUCAGCGCCAUUGACCACAGAAGGACGCAACGCUGACGAGACCAUUCUGGAGUCAAUGAUGUGACAAGUACGAUGCCCAGUCAAGCAAAGCUGAAUCCAUAUUAUAAUUGUAGUUGACAUGACGCUGGAGGUCUAUUGGUCAAAAAAGCAGUCGUCCCUACCUAGGUACCUAGGGUUUCGAUGCCGAUACUUGGCCGAUUCCUGGGAGGCAAAAUACCGGUCAAAGAAAAGAAGUGGCCUGGGUAGUAGACAUCGGGCAACUCGUUGUCUGACUGUGUCUGAGAAAUCAUUCAUUGCACAAGGAUCUCUCAUGUGAUACACCGUCUAGGUAGUAUGAUCAC